UAGGCGGCCAACCGUUAUAUCGGCAGUCGACUUGUAUUUUUCGUGGGAGUGCUGUCUUGCACGCAGAAAACAAAUUAAAUCCGUCGUCGGGCGAUCGGAUUUAGUGAAAAUUUUCCAAUAUUCAGCAAAAUUUGGUGUUUGACAAGCUUUCUAUCGUUCCUUGUUAGAGGUGGUUCUGCGUCACGCACUGUAAUUUUAAGGAAAUCCUAUCACGAGUUUCAGCAAGAGACAAUCGGGUCAAGUCCCGCUCUAUAAUAUUGAGAAAUGUCCAACAAUACAAAGAAAAAGCAAGAGGAAAAACAUCUCAAGAUCUUGAGGGAUUUCUUGUCCCUUUCGCCCACAAAUAAGACAUGUUUUGAUUGCAAUCAAAGAGGCCCCACUUAUGUCAACACCACUAUUGGCUCAUUUGUAUGUAUCUCGUGUUCAGGAAAGCUGAGAGGCUUAACUCCUCCUCAUCGUGUCAAAUCAAUCUCGAUGGCGUCUUUCACCCCAGAGGAAAUAGAAUUCCUCAAGAGCCGUGGCAACGAAUAUUGUAGACUUGUUUGGAUGGCGCAUUAUAAUACGGCAGAGCUUUCAUCGGAGACCAAAGACGACCAAAAAUUCAAAGAUCAUUUAAUGGCCAAAUACGAAAAGAAAAGAUGGUAUGCCGAUCCUAGCACACUCACCGACAGAUUACCAGCAGCAAAACUGAAUGGAAUGAACGGCGAAACAUCGCAACCUACUCCUACUCAUUCUUCUGUCACAUCUUCUCCAGUGGCACGUCCUGUAGUUUCUGCAGUGGCCUCGGUUCCAAUAUCUUCAGCCCCAAUAUCGAAAACAUCUGAUUUGCUUGCCGAUUUAGAUUUCUUUAUUCCGGCAACUAGCUCUGCAAGUUCGGCUUUCUCCUCGCCUCGGAAAAAUCAUUCAUCUCUUCCUCAGUCCAUCAGUCAGCCAUCAUUUGCCAAUUUUCAGAAUGCCGAUUUCUUUUUCUCGGAAACUUCGCCACAGAAAACGAUUGCUGUGCCGGCUGUUACGCAUCAGGUCCAAACCGGAGCGGUCAAUGGCAUGACAAGUCCACCGAAAGUUGGGGCAUUGAACGUCAACGUAGCUCCUGCAGAGGACCGCUAUUCUGCCUUAAAAGACCUCGACGCUAUGUUCACGACACAAACAGCGCCAGCAGUAAGCGAACCAACCGUUUUGGCUGCCUCGCCUAAUUGGAAUCCUUCUUGGAAUGCCGGAACCGCUCAAGCCGCCGUUCCACCUACUCAUUGCGAGUCUGUGUUUUCCAACAAUGCGGUCGAAGCGCCUGGUGCGUGGUCGUCUUCUUUCACGUCUUCAACCAGCAACCCGAAUAACCCUUUCCUCGCAGCCGCGUCGCCUACUCAGCCAGGUACACAACCCGUCCAUUACGGCAAGCCAGCUCUUCCGUGGGCCAAUUUUUCUUCAUCGCCCCUGUCGAGCUCGACGAACAUGACCUCCGGGACGAACAUCUUUCCAGCUCCUACGGCCGCCGCCGGUGCCAACAGUCACUUUGGUUUCGGUUUCGGUGGUCAUCCGAAUCCUGUGGUGGGCGUUGCAACUACUCUCUCCACUAGCCAGUCAUUAGAUUUGUCCCCCAAGACGUGGGGAUCUUCGACCGGAAUGAACCCUUUCAUGGAUACGGCCAGUUUUACCCAGGGACGGUCUCACAAUCCGUUUUUAUAGCCAUAUCAUUAGUGUCUGAAAAAAAGAAAACGAAAAGAAUUCUACGGCGGAGAAAAUGCCAUUACGAAAAAUUUCCUGUGGAUCAAGGAUAUUCUUUAGCCCAUUUUUUUUUUCUAUUUCUUCCUCUACUUUCUGCUGGAAAACUAAAAACAUCUUUCCCCCUGUAAAGUAAGGAAGCAAAACAUGGGGGGAAAAAACAAACGCGGCGAAUGUUUAUCUUCCCCCGUUAUUUAUUGAAGAAGACAUGGCAACCUUGCUUGUGAUAGGUUAUUCCAGCCUCUUUACUAUUGUUAUUAUUAAUAUAAAUUUUCUUCCUUCUGCCCCUUCCCCCUGAUAUGUCCUCCCUUUCUUUUGUGUGUGCAACAAAGUUAAGGGAUAGGAUUGAAAAUCAAUACUUUGAUGGAGGAUCUUUUAUUCUCUCUUUUAAGCAACACACAGCAGAGAGCAACGAAGCUCAACCCGGCUGCUUUUUUGCUUCUUGUCAUCGGAACAAAUAAAUCUAGAGAUUUUUUCUUUAAGAAACAAUCAAAGAAGUAUAACGGUGGGCAAUUGUCAGGGCUUCGGCGGUACUAUUGUAUGCCAAUAUGUUUGCCCCGUGUAGCGCGCAUAUAUUUGAAUAUAUUUCGUGUGCCGUA